GCGAUGAAGUCAGAAGUCACCUCGGGAGAUGUAGCCAAGCUAAAUGCGCGAGAAAUGGCCCGUUGUCAGUGCGCAGUGACCAAUGCCGUCAGUUCGUCACUCGUGACUCUGUGUCCUCGGUGAGGACACGUCACACUCGUCGGCACUGGCACCGCGCAGACGGCGCAGACCGCGCUGCUAAUCAGCGCUGAUGCGCAGGCGGCGGUACUGGAACUGGCGGUAGACGGCGCAGGUGGUCUGCGAUUGGUCGCGUCUCUCGGCGCCCGCGUUCCGUCCAAACCGAAAUCGCCUCGACCGCCAGCUCUGAGCUCUCUCACAGCCACAGCAGUCACAGCACUCAGCAGAUGCGCGGCAAACGACGCCGAGUGAGCAGCUUCUUUUCUCGCGAUUGUUCCGGCGGAACGGUGUCCCCAGUGCGACGCUGUUACGAAUGACGUGCGGCGGAGACGCGGCCGUGGAUACCUGACGAGCGUGACGAGCCGUCGUCGUCGUCGUCGACGUCGUCGUCGUCGUCGUCGGAACACGCCGGUGCUUUUAUCUCACCCUCGGUGUUUAACUCUGUGCUCCAGCAGAGAGAGAAAAAGAGAGAAAGAGAGAGAGAGAGAGACAGGGGUGGGAGACGGAGAAGAAUCGCGAUCGGGUGCGACCUUGCCCUCGACCAGCUGCCGGAGAGCCCAGCAUCACGAACGUGCAGUUGAAAAAUAAUUACCGAAAAUGAGUUGCAUGUCGCAGUGUGCCAAGUACUUUCUCUGCUUCUUCAACUUUAUUUUCUUUAUCGCCGGAGGAGCAGCAUUGACUGUCGGUAUCUGGCUUUUCGCUGACAGAACCUCCUUCACCAAUCUCAUCGCGAAACUCGAUCAAUCCGACUUGCUGACCAAAACGGAUGCCGAUGUCAUCAAGAUGAUGGCCUACAUUCUUAUCAUCGCUGGUGCUCUCACGUUCAUUAUCAGUUUUCUUGGGUAUUGCGGCGCUAUGUUCGAGUCCAGGUGUCUCCUCUGUGUCUACGGCAUUUUAAUCUUGGUGGUUUUGAUCCUGGAGUGUGUGGUAGUCGGCCUCGCUUUUGGACUUAAAGGAGACGUCGAAAAAGGUACGCAGGACUUCUUGAAGGAUACCAUCGCUAAGUAUUAUGCGACCGCCAGCGAUAAAAUUGAUACGGUGACAGUCGCGUGGGAUGGUAUCAUGAGUAAGCUCCAUUGUUGCGGCGUGGAAAAUUAUCGAGACUUUAGCGAAAAUAAGAAUUGGACUACAAUGGUCGGAAAAAUGGUCCCUGAUGCCUGCUGUAUAAAAGAAAAUGACGUUCUGAAGGAUUCCACAUGUCCAAUAAAUCCCACCUCGUUUAAUACGUACCAAACGGGUUGCUACAAGGCCAUAAUGACAGCCAUCGAGGAGAAUGCAGCGAUUGUAAUCGGUGUGGCCGCUACCCUGGUCUUCGUCGAGGUCCUGGUGAUUAUUUUGGCGUUGUACCUUGCCUGCUGCUAUUGGCGCCCACAACAUGCUUGUGUAGACGUAUCGUCAAGACAGGCCUGGUGAGGUGCUGAAGUAAGGAUGAUGAUUUUGAUGGGGUUUGCUUUCAAUGUUAACUUGUUGGUGCUGCUGUUGACGAGGCAUUAAGAGCAUGGAACUGUUGAGUAGUGCCUCCUAGCACGUUGAGCCCUUAGUGCUCCUGUGCCUUGCUUGCUUGAAACUCUAGCUGCUAGCCCAAGCCUAGGCUAGCUGAGAAGUCGGCCGACAGAAACCAAUUCUUUAACGCUUGAGUUGACAAAACGUUUCGAAAAAAACGAAAAAAAAAAUAUAUAUAUAUAUAUAAGAGAAAAAGAAAAGAAAGACAUACAUUGGCAGUGAAAAUAUGACGUAAAAAAUAAUAUGGCUAGAUGUUACAUGUUUCUUUUUCGAAGAGGAACUCAAGUCCGGACUCAUCAAUCCUACAUAUAUAUUUUGAUGUGUAUAUAAUAUAUAUAUGUAAAAUUGAUAUAUAUAUAUAUAUAUAAAAUGAUACGAAGUAUCCCAAAACGUCAACUGUAAAUUGCUAACGUUUCAUAGUUUCGCUAAGUGUUUGUAAUAUAUUAUGGAGGUACAAGCGUUUAAAAUGAUUGAAAGACGGUCUACUCUUACAGAGAUUUAAUAUUGAAAGAUGGAUUAAUUACUUUUUGAACAUCAAGUAACAGUGCUUUCAAUAUUUAAGAUAAGUAAUUAACCGUUAUCUUUCAGUAUUAAAUUAGACUUUUGUAAGGGUGUAUGAAUCCUUUCCUCUUUUCUUUUCAUCUUCCGGCUCUUGGUCAUCCACAAGUUAACGCAGAUGAACGUUAAUGAAUGUGACAGUAGAUGUACAUACGCGAUGCAUGAUAUUACAAUAUUUUUGUAAUGAAAGUUUUAGAUGCUUGUACUCACAACUUUGAAUAC